UUAUACUGUUUUCUUUAGAAUAAAUACAUACAUUUAAAUAUCUUGAAAGUUAUUUUAUUAGUGGCUUACUGUACUAAACGAUAAAAUAUGAAUUUUAAUGAUAUGCAUGCUUUAGCUAAACGUAUAGAUGCUCAGGUUAAAUCAUUAGAAGCAAAAGUAGCUCAUCCUAUGAGUAUGAUGUAUUCUAACAAUUCUAGUCAAGGUGUCAAAGUACUAUCAAUGUUGAAAGAUAUGAUCAAGGAUGUGGAAAAUAAAAAGCAAGAAAUUGAGAAUUUGAUACAAGAAGAAAACUCAACAUGGUCAGGAAUGGUAGAAGAUUACAACUCCGUUGCUAAAUUUAAAUCAGAAGUUGUUGCUAACUUGAAUGAUUAUGAAAAUUUGUGGUCAUCUAACUAUCCUGAUUAUAAACCAUUUAUAUCAUAUAGUGAUUCGGAUUCUGUAAAUGAAGAAUUAAAUUCUCUCAAUGAACUUCAUAUACAUGAUGAUAGACAAAUAGCAGAUCAAUCAUUAAAUGAUAGUCUCAACAAUGUCAAUAUCACAAUGUCUUAAUAAAGUUCUACUUAUUGGUUGCAAUGGAUGUUGGCUGAUAAAAAAAAAUCGAUAUUUUAAACUCAGUAACUACCUACUAUAAUGUUUUAAAAAUGUAUAUAAUAUGUCGUGUAUAAACAAUUUUACAAUGUUUUUUUUUUGAUAUAUUGUGAAUAUUUUAAAUAAAUAGCAAGUAAAGUAAUACUAACGAGAUUAACUUUUUUUUUUUUUAAAUUGUUGUGUUUCAAUUAUAUAGUAAAUAUGUUUUGUAGUUAGUGGCGUAUUUCUGAGGCGGGAGGGGUUCAAUUGGUAAAAGGGCGGUGGACUCCUAGAAUUAAAAAUAAAAGGAUAAAUUAAAGAUAUAGAAAUUUUAAUUUGAUAUUAUAUUAUAAUACAAUGUAGAUGAUGUUUAUUCAUUAUAUAAAUACAUUAAGUGUAACAAUAAAUAAGCAACAAUUUUCUUAUAACAACAUAUAUAUAAUGUUAGAAUUUAAAAAAAUUGUUGGACUCCCCUUCCCCCAGAAAACAAGUUGAAAAUACGCCACUGUUUGAAGUAUAUUUUAUUAAUUUUAUUAGUUAUUAGUAUUAUCUACAAUUCAUAGUAAAUUGGUAUUUUUUAGUUUUUGUUAAUCAUGAAAUUUAUGUAAGAACCUAACAUUUUCAUUGCUAAAUUAACUGUGUAUAUGUGGUUAAAAUAAAUUGAAUUUUUGUAUGCAUA